AUGGCUUCCCCACCAAGUGUAAAUGAGCAAAAAGCUAUGAAAUGGGACAAAGAAAGUACUCUCAAGCUAAUUGAGAUGUACGAGGCACAUCCAGAACUUUGGAAUUGCAUAUUGAAGGAGUACAGAGAUCGGGAUAAAAAGGCUCAAGCUAUAAAAAAUAUAGCAGAUCAGUUAAAAAUCACUGAAGCCGAAGUUGGAAGAAAAUGGCAUAAUUUAAGGUGUCAAAUGAAUUCGGAGAUAAGGAAAAUUAAAAAAACCAAAAGUGGACAUGGAACUGAUGAUAGACUGUGGAAAAAAGUUUCGUCGCAAGAGGAAGAUUUUCUGGAGGAGUCUCAAUUACAAAGCAUAGAAAAACCAACAACAUCAAAUACUACAACUCAUCGUUCGAAAAAACUAAAAACCAAAGCCAAGGAAAAAACGGACGAGGAAGGUGAUGCAAUGCUAGAAAAGGCUAAAAACAUACUAAAUACACCAACUGUAUACCGUAUUUGGUGA